CGUCAAAACCAUUUGUUUACGUCCGCAGCGUACCGAAGUGCGAUUCUCGUGCGAAAGGCUAAUAAAAAGGCAAAGUUUAUUGUUAUUUUACGAAAACUAGCUAAACGUUUAGUGCAUUUGGAAACAUUUGAAGUGUGCUGUGUACACAUAACGCCCAUGAGCGUUACCAAAUAUCCGAAAAGCAGCUCCGAAUCGCGGUAACCCCGUUUGCUCGUUUGUUUACAUUGUGUUUGUUGUGUUGUGUGAAGUAGUGCGCUGUGUUUUUUCAACUUUGCACGAUGGAUACCGAGCCGAAAGAACUUUCCAUGGAGGAAAUAAGAAAUUUUAUGGUGCUGAAUAACUAUAAGCUCACCAACCACACGCUGGUGAAGCACUUCCGCAGCUUUCUCACGAACAAAGAUACCCAAGAUGAAGCUCGACGACGGUUCAAGGAAUAUGUCAACAAAAUUGCAUCGGUAAAGCACGAGGGCAACGAGAAGUACCUCGUUCUGCGGCGCAAGUACUAUAAUGGGAUUCCUCCGGAAGAUGCUGGCACCGAAUCGCAGCCUAUGAGUCCGGCGUCACGGUCCUACGGUUUGCUUGGGUCCGAUAGUGAAGCUUCCCCGCUAAGGCAGCCUCCACCUUACCGUCCGCCUCCGGUGGUGUCUCCAGACACGGUGUCGUACCAAGGCAGUCCGCGCGCCAGUGUCGUUCUGAAUCGGCGCAACAGCUCCGAUUACGUGCGCAGUGGGUCGGAAAUAAGCUUCGGCAGUGAGUUUGCAAGUGUAGACAGUAGGAAAGUGAAUCCGUUGCUUGUGCGCAGUAACAGCAACGACACACGCUCACUUCCGGAUGGUGAUCGUAAGUCGAGCGUGGACAUGAUGGUGCCAUAUGAUGACGGAGCUCCUCCAGCCAUCCCACCCCGUAAGCGGGUAAGUGAAUCGGGAGGCAGUAUUGCAUCGAACUCGCGCCAAAAUUCGGUCGAUGAGCGGUGCACAGGAUCAGUGAGUGAUACUAGAAGUGAAAAUAAGGAAAAUGUUGCCUCUGCUGAACCGGAGGAGAAGGGAGUGGUUGCAUCGGAAGAGAACAAGCUGAGUGUGAAGGAAAAGAUGAUGAAAUUUAACCGAUUCGCAUCGGAAGAAGAGGCCAAGAUUCCAUCACCGAUUGGGAAGAAGAAACCGGACAAGAAUGCCGAGGAAACACUCAAUACCGAAAACAUGAUGCAGCAUCCAAAUGCCAAGGAAUGGUUAAUAGCUGCAGCAAAAUCUGACUAUCAGCUGCUGGCGAAACUGUCCACCGAGCAUCCCAAUCUGGUUAAACUGCAGGACAUCAGCACGGGCUAUACGGCACUACACUGGGCAGCGAAGCACGGUAACGAGGACGUGGUAAAGCUGGUGGCCGGUAAGCUGAAAGCUGAUGUCAACGCCAGAACGAACGGGGGGUAUACGGCGCUUCACAUUGCCACACAGUUCGGCCGGAACGACAUUUUUGAGCUGCUGUGCAACGUUUACAAGGCCGACCGGGACCUGCUCGACUGGAGCGGGAAGAAAGCGCUCGAGUACCAGAAGCAGAUGACCAGCGUGUCCGAGUCGACAUUCAGCAAAAUCAAGGCACGGAAAAAGCAUUCAGAAAAAGACUCCGGCUUCCUGAGGAUUGGUUCCCUGAACGUACGGGUGAAGAAAACCACCGAAGCCUUCAGCAACUUCCUGGGAGUGGGCACCAACCAAACGCGAAUUCCGCCGACAGCGAUUAGAUCGAGCGCACCACCGGACACACUGUUUAUUGACAAGCUGCACAAAUCCUGGGGCUCUGCAGAUAACAUACAGAAGGAAGAUUCCGCAAUGCCACCGCCAAAGUAUGGUCCGGUGAAGAAACGGCGUCAAAAGCGUGACAUCGAGUACGAUCCGAGCAACGAUCACUUCAGCCAAAGCGUGCCGACCACACCGAGCCAGAUACGGGCGCCGGUAGGCCCACUGUCGGAAAAUCCCGAUGGUGAAUCGAUGGGCGACUCCGACUCCGAUACGGCCUGCGGGUUCGAUUCCAACUGGCGACCAACCUACAUUUAAACUUUUUUUCAUUAUUUCGAACGACUUACUUGUUUUUGUACAUUAGUAUCAAAAUGUAUACUACUCGUUAGAGGGGUUUUAUUUUUCCUAUGUUGACACGAUAAAUAAUCAGAAAUAAUAAAUGAACUAACUGCUUACU